AUGGGCUGCCUGGGCACCCAGACUAUGGUGCUGAUGAUGCUGGCGAUGAUGGUGGAUGCCAGACCCUCCUGCCCACACCCCUGCGCCUGCUACCAGCCCACGGAGGUCCACUGCACCUUCCGCUCUCUUCUCACGGUGCCGGCUGGGAUCCCCCCACACGUGGAGCGCAUGAACCUGGGGUUUAACACCAUAAACAGGAUCACAGAGAGCUCCCUUGCUGGAUUAAGAAAGUUGGAACUGCUGAUGAUGCAUGGAAAUGACUUACAUAGCAUCCCAAAUGGAGUCUUUAGAGACCUGAUGUCACUGCAGGUGCUGAAGAUGAGCUACAACAAGCUGAGAGUGAUCACUGGACACACUCUCCAGGGGCUCUCAGGCCUGAUCCGCCUGCAUCUGGACCACAACCGGAUCGAGCUGAUCCACCCGGACGCCUUCCAGGGGCUGACCGCCCUGCGUCUGGUCCAGCUGGAGGGUAACCACUUGCAGCAGCUCCACCCCUCCACCUUCAGCACCUUCUCCCUGCUGCAGCACUUCCGCCUCUCCACCCUCAAACACCUCUACCUGUCCGACAACAGCUUGACCACACUGCCCGGGCAGAUGCUGAAGAGCAUGCCCCAGCUGGAGAACCUGUUCCUGUAUGGGAACCCCUGGACCUGUGACUGCAGGAUGAAGUGGUUCUUGGACUGGAGUACGCAGGCUUCAGGUGUACUGAAAUGUAAGAAAGAUAAGGCUUACGAGAGUGGUCAGCUGUGCCCGAUGUGCUCCUCACCCAGGUCCCUGAGGAGUAAGGACAUUUUAGACCUGCAGGACCUCACCUGUAGUGGCCCUGUUAUCAGUUCCCAGAAGGAGACUGCACCUGAGGACAGUGAAAGUGAGGUCCUGCCUCUAGAGGAGUUCAAAGAGCCCUUCGGGAAUGUGACACUGAGCCUGAUGGAUGAGCACGGGAAUGCCGUGGACCUGGAAUGCAGCAUCAGAGAGCCCAGGGAGUCCACCAAGAUCAGCUGGGAACACCUCAACCUCCAGCAGAUAGCAGCCAACAUCAGCCUCUUCCUGGACCUGGAGUGCCCUAUAGACCGAGCCAAUUAUGAGAAACUGUGGAAGCUCAUCGCCUACUACAGCGAGGUUCCUGUUCACUUACAGAGGGAGAUCAUGCUGAGCAAGGAGCCCAAGCUGAGCUAUAGAUACAAGCAAGACAUUGAGAAGGAUGCCUACUAUUACACAGGGGUGAAGGCUAACGUGCGGUCUCAGCCAGCCUGGCUCAUGCAGACGUCCCUCAACCUGCAGCUCAACCGGCCCCAGUCAACCGGGAAGAUGGUCAAGCUGAUCCUCAGCACCCACAGUUCCCAGACGGUGGAGACUGAAAUAAUGAGGAGGCAGAGGAAAAAGUGGGUCAUGAUUGAAUCCAACAACCGGACCCGGACAGGCCAGAGCGUGGUGGUGGGGGGCCUGAGCGAAAUGGACUGUAUUGUCCAGAGCUCCGACGACGCAUCCAUCCAGUGGAUGCUGCCAGAUGGCUCCAAAAUGCCUGCGCCGUACAACAGUGCUGACAACCGGGUCUCAGUGUCCAGCGGGGGGAGGCUGGUGAUAAAAGCGGUGGACCACUCGGACGCGGGUGUGUACUACUGCAUCGCUCGUGUGAGGGAUGACGUAGAUAUGCUCCCUUUCCGGCUCUCGGUUGAGGAGUCAUCGGGCCCUCCGCCCGGAGGUGAAGGAGGUGCCCCCCUGGACAAGCGGGCCGGCGAAUCCAUCUCCCUGCCCUGUUCCUCCACUGGCACCCCAGAUGCUGAGGUCAACUGGAUCCUGCCAGACGGCAAUGUGGUGAACUUCAAGGCAAACUCCACCAGGGCAUUUGUGUACUCAAAUGGGACGCUGUUUAUUCCCCAGAGCCAGGUUACAGAUAACGGAUAUUAUAAAUGUGUGGCCAUGAACCUGCAUGGUGUGGACUCCAUGGCUUCAAAGGUAACCGUCACACGUCGACAAGGGGGGGCAUCCCGGCCCCUUAGGACAUUUCCCAUGAGACCUCAGUCAGCCUCGGGAGUGUCCACUAAAGUAAAAGUGGAAGAUGAUGAGGAGUCAUCUGGCGACGAUGAUGUCCAGGAAAAGGCUCCCUCAAGCCGCAAGUGGCUAAUCAACCGCAGACGUGGCCAGCAGACUAAUACACAUGGCCAUCCAUUCAGGAACUCCUGGAGACGGGUUAAUGGGCAGAGGAAGCCAGUAAAGAAUGGUUCCCGUGUUGGGGAUGGGAGGAACACAGUGGACUCCAGAAGAAGGGUCAGCAUGUCCAACAACAAAAUAGAUCCUCAGAGAUGGGCUGAUAUUUUGGCAAAGGUCCGUGAUAAAAAUGAUCCAAAAACCACAACCCCCAGCUCAGUCCAGGCCAGCAUGCCAACACAAACAGAGCCGCCACUGACAGCUGCUGAAAGGAAGUCAGAAUCUGAAGAGAAUACAGAAGGAUCUUCAACUGAUGAUACAAGCCUGCAGGAGGAAAGAUUGUAUGCAAUCACCACACCACAGAUUCCAGUCCAGCAUGUUCAGGACCACCUGGCCACCGAGCCCUCUUAUACAGGGGAGAAGACUAACAACAUUUACCAAAUAUCUCCACCCAAAACUAACAUUGAAUCACAGGCUGUGACAACUAGCACUCAUACAUCACAGUCCACAUCUGGCCCACAGGACUCCAGUUAUAUUGCCGCAGACCGAAAGACAGAGGGGGAGCACACAGAAAGUAGUUUAAGGACCAGUACACCCUACAGUGUGGCUUUCUGGGAAAGCAACCUUGCUGUUACAGCUCCUAAUUCCCCAGUCACUACUGAUAACAAUCAAGAGUCUGAAAGUGGCAGUGAUAAUGAGCCCAGUACCAUAAAAACCUCAGAAGAUGACAUAUAUCAAAGGAGAAUUGAACAAACUAGUCCAUCAUCGCCUGUGGACAUAGGUGCGGAAGGUAAUUAUUUCUCCAGAAUAACCACAAUGUUAUCAACUUCAAUCUCAGCUCCAACAACAACAGCAUCAACAAAAAUAGCAUCAACAACAGUAGCAUCAAGAACGGAAACUGCACAGGAAACCGAGCUGACUCAUGCGGCUGAUGAUAAACAGAAAAGAUUGCAGUCUGGACAGGCUACCACUGCCAGACCAACCACCCAACCCACUGCAGCUGGCAGCAGAGACUCAGGAGUGGGGCUGCAGUCAAGCUCUGCUCCCUCCCGUUCCAGAAACCCAUGGCAAUCCAGGAGGAGGUCUGGCAGCAAGAGAAGGCCUAAUAGGAUAAGAAACAGGAUAAAUAACAGCCACCCAUUUGCACGACUGCCGACUGCCAGACCACCGCUACCGUCAUCACCCACAACUGAGAGAAAAGCCCUCCCACCGACAGUCAUUGCAACAGUGGCUCCAUCUACUGAAAUACAAACAUCAGCAAAUGUCAACAGCAUUCUGAUCGAACCCACCACGACGGAUCCUUUAAUGGAGCACCAGCCAUCAUCAGCCAGGACGAGCCAGACGCCAGUCCCUUUGAUCCACAGUGACCGGGCUGAUACAACCCCCAAAACUGAGACCCAACAUAAUGUUUUCUCAAAGCAGAAGGAGACCAUCACAACAACCAUCCAGCCACCACAGACACACAUUUUUAGGAGUACAUCAUCAACAGUGCAGUCCUCAGAAAGCUCUGUGGAUCUAGGACCUCGAAAGGGGACAGGGGAGCAUAAAACAGCCACCUCGGCUCCCCCUCCUCCUCCACUGGGUCAUGAACCUGCCACUCCAGCAGCGGUUCAGGAGGAAUUUACAAGCAUAAGUCAUCCAGCAGUUAAGCAUUUUGAAGAGACCGAGAGUGAAAACAGCACAGAUGACGCCAGCUCUGUGCCAAGCCCUGGAAGGCCUGCAGAUAAUUCCCCCGUGCAACAGGGAAGGCUACCGGAAAAAGAUCAGUUCAAAAUAGAUAACAACCAUAAAUCCACAGAUUCUGAACUAAUGCCAGCUGAGAGACAGGCUACACCAACGGAUCCACAGCACGCUAUGUCCUCUACUAUCCCAGGAACGCUGGCAAACACCCAAAAUCAGGUUACCAAAACUCAAGAUUCACAAAUUCUCCAGGGUCACACUAAACCAAGCCGACAAAAAGAAAUCGAGGGGAAGAUGGAACAAUUACAUCCUCUUCAAAUACCGACAACAGAGAAACCACUAACAUCAACAAGCUCCUCCCAAGGACCGGUUCUUACUAAAACAACACCUACCACUGCAAAACCUAAACCUGCUAUAACCAGGGAGUAUGAGGAAAAUAAGAAUCUUGCCACACCUGGCAAACCAGAUUUUGCAUCAAGUGAGGAAGAGGUCUUGUCAGCCAGUAAAGAUAACAUCCCAGAUACUACAACAACAAAAGUCACAACAAAAAUCACAUCUUCAGUGACAACCGGAAAACGAACAACAACAACUACUACUUCUACUACAACAGCAGCUUUGCCCAGACUGAGACCAAAUGCAUCAUUCCCUGAAUUCAACAGGGAACAACCUAGGCUACCUCACAGUCCAAGGAAUCCUGGAGGAAAUUAUAUUCCUGACCAGCACGGAGGGAGAGCCCCCAGCACUAAUCAGAGAUACCCAUAUCACCCCAACAGCCGAAACCCCUUCAUCAUCAGCAGGCCCAGUUUAUUUGGAUAUCCUGACAGGACAAGACCAUCUGCCGUUAACCCAACAGGCUUUUCAAUACCUAUCAAACCUGGUUCAAUUAACAAUCUCCAAACAACCACUUCCACGAAACCCCCAGACACAAGACCACCCACAACUUUGCCAGCUGCCCGGACAACAACCUUCAGCACAACCUCCAGCACCACGAAACCACUGACCCUACCGUCAAAGACCACCACUCAGCCUCGCCUUGGUCAGGAGACCAGAGCGGGACCUCCAAACACGUCAUUCUUCCCAACAGCAGUCACUCAGCCUGUUUCCAGAGGCUCUCACAGGACCCCAGCAGUGCCAGUUCCAAGGGGCAGGCCUAGGAUCACCACCACAGGCCCCCACACCGUGUCCGUGCAUGCAGAGGCGGACGCUGCCCUGCCCUGCAGCUCGCUGGGGGAGCCCAAGCCAUUCCUGUCCUGGACUAAAGUUUCUACGGGAGCCAUCAUGGCGCAUAACAGCCGGCUCCAGAGGUUUGAGGUGCAGUCUAACGGGACCCUGGUGAUCCGGAAGGCCCAGCUGCAGGACCGGGGGCAGUACCUGUGUACGGCACAGAACCUCCACGGCGUGGACAAGAUGGCGGUGACGCUGGUGGUCCUGGCGCAGCAGCCCAGGAUGGUGCAGCCUCGGCACCGCGACGUCACCGUGUACCUGGGCGACACCACCGGCCUGGACUGCACGGCUCAGGGCCUCCCCGUGCCCCACAUCACCUGGGUGCUCCCCGACAGGGGGGUCCUCCGAGCCGCCAGCAGCUCCGAGCAGCGCGUCAUGCUCCUGGCCAAUGGGACGCUCCGGAUUAAUCAGGUCAACUACCCGGACCGCGGGAUUUACAAAUGCAUCGGCAGCAACGCGGCGGGGGCCGACACGCUCUCCGUGCGCCUGCACGUGGCCGCCCUGCCCCCCAUGAUCCAGCAGCCGCGACAGGAGAACUUCACCCUCCCCGAGGGCCACGGCUUGCACGUGCACUGCACCGCCAAGGGCGCCCCGCGGCCCGGCAUCCGCUGGGUGGUGUUCGACGGGACGCAGAUCCGCCCCUCGCAGUUUGUCAACGGCAACCUCUUCGUCUUCCCCAACGGCACGCUGUACAUCCGCAGCCUCUCGGCCAAGGACAGCGGGAACUACGAGUGCAUGGCCAGCAACGCUGUGGGUGCCGCCCGCCGGACCAUCAGACUCAACGUGCGCAAGAGCACCUCCAUGGCCCGCAUCACCUCCACCUCGCCGCAGCGCACGGACGUCUCCUACGGGGGGAACCUGCGCCUCGACUGCCUGGCUUCCGGAGACCCCGGGCCCCGAAUCAUCUGGAGGAUUCCCUCAAAGAAGCUGGUGGAUGCCCACUACAGUUUUGAUCCCAGAAUCAAAGUGUUCAGCAACGGCACUCUGUCAGUCCAGGCAGUAACGGAGAGGGAUGAGGGCGAUUACCUGUGCGUAGCCAGGAACAAAAUGGGGGAUGAUUACGUGCUCCUGAAGGUCAGCGUCAUGAUGAAGCCAGCCAAGAUCGAGUACAAGCAGCUGGCCAAUCAGAAGGUAUCGUACGGGGGAGAUCUAAAGGUGGACUGCAUCGCCUCUGGCCUUCCCAACCCUGAGAUCAGGUGGGGACUGCCAGACGGCACCAUGGUUAACAGCGUCAUGCAGUCAGACGACAGCGGGAUACGCACCCGGAGGUACGUGGUCUUCAACAACGGGACCCUUUACUUCAAUGAAGUGGGAAUGAAAGAGGAGGGAGACUACACCUGUUACGCAGAGAACCAGAUCGGCAAGGACGAGAUGAAGGUCCACGUCAAGGUGGUGGCCGAUUCCCCGGCCAUCAAGAACAAGACGUACAGCGUCAUCAAAGUGCUGUACGGCGAUUCCAUCGCCUUGAAGUGCAGCGCCAAGGGAGAGCCGACACCGUCUAUCACCUGGUUCUCUCCCACCAACCGAAUCAUCCCGGCAGCAUCGGACAAGUACCAGGUGCACAACGACGGGACGCUCCUCAUCCAGAAGGCCCAGAGGUUCGACAACGGGAACUACACCUGUACGGCCCGGAACACGGCCGGGCAGGACCGGAAGGUGGUCAGGGUGGAGGUGCUGGUUUCUGCGCCCACGAUCAACGGGCAGAGCGGCGUGUUGAGCGCCGUCCGGGAGACCGCCGUGAAGGACCAGCGCAAGCUGGUGGACUGCAAGGCCGAGGGGACGCCUAUCCCCAGAGUGAUGUGGGUCCUGCCUGAAAACGUGGUGCUCCCCGCGCCGUACUACGGCAGCCGGAUAACGGUCCACCGCAACGGCACCCUAGACAUCCGGUCCCUGAGGACGACCGACUCCGUCCAGCUGACAUGCGUCGCCCGUAACGAGGGCGGGGAAGCCCGGCUGAUGGUCCAGCUGGACGUGACGGAGAUCCCAGAGCGGCUUCAGCUCAGGAGCCUGAAAACAGAGAGCCUCUUGCUCACUAUCGGCACCCCUAUGGCAGUGAACUGCUCGGUGGAGGGCAGACCGACUCCCGAGGUAACGUGGUACCUCCCCAGUGGGGCCCCUCUCCUCAGCAGCACCCAGUUUUCCAGAUUCUUCCACAGGCCAGAUGGCACGCUGCACAUCAGCAACCCCUCUCCGUCCGACGCCGGGGUUUACCGAUGUGUGGGUCGGAAUCCAACCGGACACGUCGAGCGCGCCGUCACCCUGGAGCUGGGGAGAAAACCGGAAAUCAACACCAAGUACCCCACGUUAGUGAGCAUCAUCAACGGGGAGAACCUGCAGCUACACUGCCUGUCCGGCGGGAGCCCUCUGCCCCGGCUGACCUGGACCCUCCCGAACGGGCUGCUCCUGACCCGGCCCCAGAGGACGGGCCGGUACACUGUCCUGCUGAACGGCACGCUCCUGGUCCAGCAGGCCUCGGUCUACGACAGGGGCACGUACACCUGCAAGUCCGCCAACGACCACGGGGCUUCGGUGCUGACGGUGCCCGUGAUCGUGAUCGCGUACCCGCCGCGCAUCACCAGCGGCCCCGCCCCGGUGACCUACGCCCGGACGGGCGUGGCCAUCCAGCUGAACUGCAUGGCUAUCGGCAUCCCCAAGGCCGAGGUGGUGUGGGAGAUGCCCGAUAAAAUGCAGCUGAUAGCGGCCCAUCAGCCCCGGGUCUUUGGAAACAAGUACUUGCACCCGCAAGGGUCCCUGGUCAUACAGAACCCGUCCACCAGAGACACGGGCUUUUACAAGUGCACCGCCAAAAAUGUCAUUGGGGUGGACACUAAGGCCACGUACGUACACGUCUUUUGAUUUGUGAACGGAUUCAGUCUGUCCCAUGCCCACGAAACUGCGGAACACAGUGCAGAAAAUACUGUCUAUGCAAAAUGUUGUUAUGGAUACUUUGAAGUAAGAGUAGCCAAAAUCAGUUAGUCAGUGUAAAUAUGUAAUGCUUCAGACAAGAAGCACAGGGAUCUGAAAGUCGGGCCAUAUUUUUUUAUUAUCUGUUCUGGAAAGUAAUGGCAUUAUGGUAAUAAGGCAUGGAAUGCAAGUAGAAAAAAUGCAAUUAAAUUAUUAGAUGGAAAUUGGAUACCAAAUGUGUAUGAAUAAUGGUGCUAUUUUUUAACCAAUUUGUUGAAAAUAAUGUUUUGCUGCAUUUGUUGCUAUUACCAUAACUUAAAGACAAGCUGAAAUCUAAAUUCACCUUUUCCUCAAUUGAAUCAAUUCUUCAUAACCAUGCAAACACGUCUUAAAUGAUAUAUUCCAAAAAUGUUUUAAUACUUUUGCAUUUUCACAGCAGUUUUGUUUUCACCCACUUCCUGGAAAAUGAAAUUUUACGAGAUUUGACAUCGUCGUGUACCAGUGGGCGUGUAUGUUGAUAAAAACAUUUUCCAUUCCAUUCCCCUCCAAUUUUCACACAGCUGCCCGCAUCUUCAUUUGACUCCCCACCCGUUAAAAAUGUCCCCAAAAGAUCCAUUUCACUCGUGCAUAUGUCAUAUCACGGAAGCUAGUGUUGUUCUAUCUCCCGUAUCAGCUUGUCUUUAACACAUUUUUUCUGACAAUGACAACUCGUCAAAUUAUAUCCAUAUUUACAGGUUGUUUUGAUAACUGUUAAUCUGUUAACUGUUAAAAGUUAGAUGGUGCUGAAUCAAAAAAAAUGUGAUGUCUUAGAAUGCCAGACAAUUUCAGGGAUCAAAGUAAGAACUGUCGUUACAAUGCACAUCACAAAUAUUAUGCUCUGGUUCAGUAACAAGGACAGGAAAAAGCAUCCCUUGGAUCUAAUCCAAGGAGAAUUUUUAUACAAUCAGUAGUGUACACACCUUCAAUAUUCAAGAGUGCUUUUGUUAUCACAUAACCUAUUAUGACAGUGCAUCAAUACAAUGGCAUUCAUUUCUUCAAGUUACAAAUAUACCUUCAUAUGACCAGUCAUUUUGGUCAGUGCCUUAACCUGUUCACCAAACUAUCACCUUUCAUUGUAGAGAUUACCAAGACCUCCACCACUGCCCCCAUACCAUCCUUUAUCAUGACUGUGCAGGUCCAUACUGCUGUGCACAGAAUCAGAUUUGAGCCUGCCCUGCCUCCAUAUGAAUAUUCAGUGUGUUCUCUGUUUCACCUCUCCUCAUUUUCAUGAGAGAAUGAUAUUAAAUAACAGGACAGGCCUAGUUUCCCCAAAUGAAGGUGUGUUUCUGUAGAGCCUAGUGCCCUGCCUGAUUAUCCAGUAAUAGUUUUUCCUUGUGGAUCUGCCUGGGCGUUUGAUGGGGGCAGGGGGGAAAGAUGAAUCGUUUGUGUCACAUUUCUUUAUAUCCAAAAGGAAUAUCUCAUGGCAAGGUCAGUACUCCUGCUUUUUUUAAAUUAUUUGUCUUUAAAAGACUCUGAUGUAUAGCAAUGUUUAUAUGGUAAGUCUAUAUAGUGUACAUCUGUAAGAAAGAGAGAAACAUGC